AUGCCGUCUUCGUCUGUAGCCCUGACGCCGGGCCUUGCGUCUUUCCUCAAAUCGCUCAAUACAAACCCGAUUGAUACAUCUAUUGAGAAUCUGAUCUCAUUGCUAAAACGCCGUCAAAUCCGGCAUUCUCGCUCAUGCGCUACUGCAACCGCCUACUUACUUCUACGAGUGAUCUCAGCAUGUCGCACGUCCGAGCCCGUCAGGCUCAUUGAGCGAGUGCAGAGCGUGGGCAGACGCCUGAUUGCUGCGCAGCCGCGGGAGAUGGUGGUGGGGAACGUUGUGCGACGAGUGCUCGGUCUCAUUCGCGACGAGGCAGAAGAUGAUCGCGAUGCUGAGUUCGCUCUUAGUGAAGCUGGAUCGGAGAGUCAACCCCAGACCCCUCGUGGUUUUGACGACUCAUCACUACCUUUGGACCGAGAUAUGCUGCGACCAGAGGCGGAAAGAGCUGGCUCUCGGCCUCCUCUGACGUCCAUGUUUAGCCUACUUUCCCACCCAGUGGAAGAUAACUCGCCAGCGAGCACACCGGGCACACAAUCGCCGAGGGGCGGCCCUGGACACGGCCCAGGCAAGGAUGUGCGCGCAGAGGUAUUGGAGGGCAUUAACGAAAUCAUUGACGAGUUGGACCAAGUAGACGACCAGAUCUCGUCUUAUGCAUUGGAGCAUAUUCAUUCCAACGAAAUCAUCCUCACGCAUACCUCCUCCACCACCGUGCAGAAGUUCCUGCUCAAGGCCGCGUCCAAGCGCAAGUUCACAGUCAUCCAUGCCGAAUCUUAUCCCAACAAUCACGACGCUACUCACGCCACCAAACCGCUGAUCGCCCUUGGCAUCACCGUCAUCCUCAUCCCGGACUCUGCAGUCUUUGCUCUUAUGUCUCGUGUCAACAAGGUCAUCCUAGGUACUCACUCUGUCCUUGCCAAUGGCGGUCUCGUCGCCGCGGCUGGCACCCGAGUGAUCGCCCGCGCCGCCAAGGUCCAUCAGACCCCUGUCGUGGUUGUCAGCGGUGUCUACAAACUCAGCCCCGUCUAUCCUUUCGACUUCGAUUCGCUCAUUGAGUACGGCGAUCCCAGCAAGGUUCUUCCCUUCGAAGAUGGAGACCUCGUCGACCAAAUCGACGUUCAAAAUCCUCUCUACGACUACGUCCCUGCGGAACUGGUCGAUCUCUACAUCACCAACCUUGGUGGCCAUGCCCCGUCUUAUCUUUACCGCAUUGUGUCUGAUCACUACCGUAAGGAGGAUAUUAGCUUUUAA